AUGGCGCAGAGGCAGCGACACCAAUUGCAGCUUCGAAGAGCUGAAGCCAAAUGCCAAGAUACACGUCGCGCCCCGCGUAGGCGUGAGCUUGAUUCGGGCGAGCGUGCCAGGCAGCCUAGUCACCGGCCGGUGGCAGCUGGCCAAGCGGCACCUCGCUGCCCGUACAAGAUCAUGUCACACAGUGACGAUGGUCUAGGCGAUAUGCUCGGCAACGCAGAUUCGCCUCUUCGACGAGCCUACAUACAACGCAGUGUGCAGAUUGAGGAAGCCAUGUCACGGUGUAGACAAAUUGCGACCAACAUCAGAGAAUUAAUAGCAUUCAUUGACGACCUCGACAACGCUAGAGUCCAAUUGAUGGCUGACGUGAGGAAAGAGCAAGAGGAUCUUCGCUAUGCGGUGCAUGACUUUCGCAAAUUCAUGACGCCGCUGCUGGACGGCGUACCGGGCGAGUCGGACCGAGUGCGAGUGCGCACCACGCCUGUGACGAUGGGUCCAGGGCUGCAUCAAGCAGAGGUAGAUGUUCAUGACGGUCGUGCAGACGCUAGCGAAGCAGAGCUCCAGCAGCCCGUUGCGGAGAGUGUGUCGAAACAGAAUGCCGACGAGUCAACGCAUGUCGAUGGAGGGGCGCAUUUGGCUCAUGACACUUCAGAGAAGGCCUUUCCAAACGAUUCCCUGCGCCUCGCAACUAAUCCAGAACCCGCGUUGACCAGCGCAGCAAGCAUUGGCAGCGCACAGCCUUUGCCGCGUUUGCCUCAAGGUGAACGCCUUCGUUCGUCGUCGGCCGAGCCAGAUGCAGCCAGACAGCUGCGAAAGAACUCUGGCAUCCCCGCCGUGCUCAAGCCGGUCACCAAUGUGCUCAAAGAUUGCAACAAGAGGUCCGGUGACGAUACGACUGCAACAGGCAGCGAACUGAAGAAGACGAAGACUCAGACUCGAGAAUUCAGUUUCACCUCAGGCAGAUCGGCUUCGGCAAAGGGCGACAAAGGCAAGUCCAAAGCCACCGACGAAGAAUGUCUCAAUCAGGAGUAG